GUUCAAGAAGUUGCGCCUUAUUUGGGUGAAAAAUGGAUGUAGUAUUUUCUUUCUCCAAUGCGUCAGUAGUUGAACCUGAUUGCAUUCGUAGUACAGUUGAGUUAGCUGAAAAAAACAAUGUUCAUCUUUCGGAAGACACUUGUUGGGAGCUUCUGGAAAUGUGUAUAUCAAAACUGUCAAUGAGGAAAACCUACCAACUUCUUGAUGGACUUUACAGUACUGAAGAGAUCAAGUUUCCGGAAGGCAGCGAAUUUGUUGUUGAAUCGAUACGUGGACGUUCGGUCAACAAAGGUGAGGUAUUUUAUUACGUAAAAUGGCUUGGAUGGCCACCUGUAUUCAAUACAUGGGAACCAGAAUGUAACCUUUCUGGUUGUGAAGAUCUUAUUCAAAAGUUCGUCGACUCAUAUGGUGAAUCAGUUGGAAUGCUUCCGCCCGAGUCUCAACCCGAUAAGAAAUCACAAAUUCGAGAGGUCAUGGGUCGACUGAGGGAAGCUGUUGAUCCAUCGGGAAACUUACCGUUGUAUUUACUGGAGCGCUUUUCUAGUCUUCAGUCUGAUCCUACUGAUAAUUUCCGUCCUUAUAAACCAUCGCCUUCUAUUAACAUUGACAAACUCAUCUGUUCACAAUCUCUACCAAGUAAUAUGGAAUCUAUCUCACUUAAGCGACCUCCGAGCGUUUCUGACCUUCUACCAGUUCCCGCUAAACGUUUCCGUAUUUGUCGGAAAAGCAAGCAAGUAUUAGAUUCUGCCCUCAAUACAUUCCAACAAAAGCUCAAUGCUGUCUACUCGCAUGAAGCGCCUAUCACUGUGGAAAAUUCUGUUGAUUCUGAGUGUCCUCCGGUUGAAUUUCAACCAAUUCCUGAUUACUUACCUGGGCAAGACGUGUACUUGCCAACUAAAGCUCCAAUUGGCUGUGAAUGUACAAUGGAUAAUGUAAAUUUAUCACAGUUAGCAAAAAUGACUAAAAAAGACAAUGAUACUUCAUCAGUUAUCUAUCCUUGUUGGGUUAACAGACGGAGUAAUUGUUGUGCAGUUCGUGCAGGUUCAAUGCCUCCAUAUGAUAAACGCAAGCGACUGCUUGCACCUCCUGGUCAUCCGGUUUAUGAGUGUAACUCCUUGUGCGUUUAUUGACAAGUAUGUCCUUGUGAUUCAACAUGUCCAUUUCGUGUUGUACAAUUGGGCAGAAAAGUACCUUUAUGCGUUUUUCGUACAAAAGAUCGUGGAUGGGG